CUUUUCAAAACUUCACCGGUUUUAAAUCUUCGUCGUUUUCUCGUUCUCGACAAAAAAGUACGUUUUGCUGCUCUGUUAAGAUGUCGACUGUUGGAGGACUGGCCAGACUGUUCAUUUCAAGGUCCACACGACUACUUGCGGGUAGGAAUGUAGCGAAUAGCCCUGUAGUCUCUUGUAGAUCCAGGUCUAUAUUUGCAGCAAUUACACGUGGUGCCUCUCAGAAACCAAGAAUCCUCCCUGUUUCAUGUGCUUGCUCACAAGUUUGCGUUUGUCAGAUGCACAAACACACUCAAGCUGACAGUGAAAUAAUCAAAUUCCUGAAAGGUGAGAUACAGAGUGAAAGAGAUGCUGCCCCCAAGGUUCCAAUGUCAGAAUUGUUUAAGGCUGCAUUGGAUGGAACACAUGUUAAAUUAGAGAGGGAACAUAAUGCAGAAAGGAUUGUAGUGUCAUUUGACAUUAAUGAAAAUACAAACCAUGAUGAAGCAAGUUUUAAUGACUCAGAUGAUGAAGGUGAAGUGGCUGGAAAGAUUGUUUCAUAUCCUUUAUUUACUGUGGAAAUCGUAAAGAAAGCUGGUAAAACACUACAGUUCUACUGUGAGUUUAACACCCAACUUGAAGAGGAACACUCUGAGGAAGAGGAGGGCCCUGAUUUGUUUUAUAUUGUCAAUGUCGCUGUCAUAGAUGGUACCAGCAAAGGGAAGACUUCCUAUUGUGCAGAAACCGAAAACAUGGAUGGUGAUCUUUAUGGCAUGCUACUUAAGAUGUUGGCUGAAAGAGGAAUUGACAACCACUUUGCUGCAUGGCUGCGUGACUAUAGCACAGCUAUGGAACAACAACAUUAUAUCAGGUUUCUUGAAGAUUUGCAAGGAUUUGUCAAACUUCAGUAAUGAGAACCAGAAAUAGUUUUAAAAUGAAAGAUCUCCUCAACUACUUCUCCUGCUGAUGGAUCCUUUGUCAAAUUUGAUAAAACUGUUCACAGGCAGGCUGUGUGCUAUUGUUAUUACAAGAUGCUAAGAUUUGGAUGAUUUCAAGCUUGCAUUUACAUCAGCAGGACUAGUUGGGAAAAAAGAAACCAUGCCGCACCUUGCAUAACAAAAAUGCUGCAACCUAGACUUCUAACCAUUGUGGUAGCAGCAUACUGACUUUUUCAAAUAGGAACACUGUUUUAACAAACAAAAUUCUGUGGUGUUUUUAGUGAGUUGAUGUAGGUGUUGUUUAUUGGAUAUCUAUAAAUAUCUGUCAUGUAAGAAAUGUUCAAGGACUUAAAAUAACAGGUAAAAAUUCACCCUCGAUACUAUGUGAUUUAAAAAAAGACAAAUCUCUCUCACCUUGAGAGGGUGUUAUCGUGGCAUAUUUGAAUAAAGUUCCAGCGCUUACUUUUGGUUACAUACAGUCGAGUAACAUUGCAAUUCAGUUUACAUUUAAGAAGCUCAUCUUUAAACCUAAACUCCUGUAUUCAUGGCAGUAAUAAAGUUCCCACUAGCUUGUUUUUCCAAGGGCAUUACCUGAAGUUUUGCCAACAGCAUGAUUGCUGGUAAUAAGUACAUUAGCUAUUUCAGAAACCACCAGCCAUAAAUUUGUUUUAAUAGUCAAUCCUUUUUUCUGUGGUCUGUCAUCCAUUUGAAACAAAUUAAAGUCACACUAAAAACAUGACUCUUGUAUAGUAUUCAUGCAUCUUGCAUAACAGUUCACUUAAACUGUUGUAGUUUCCACUUUUCAAAGCCUGUCUACUGUCAGUGAAUGAAUAGCUUGGAAAAGGAGAUGGCAGCUAAAGGAAAUCACUCUUUGAUCUUUGCCAUUUGUCAACUUCUAAAGUUACUUUCCUCCUAUAACAAAGUGUGGCUCAUUCCCUUCCUCCUGAUAAUCAUCAUCAUCAUCAUCAUCACUGCUACUGGCACGAUUUUUACUAUCAUGGCCUGAAAAAUGAAAUAACAAUUGAUAAAAAGCACUCUAAUCAGCUCUUUUGUGCUUUUUAGUGCUGAGACUGUACUAAUUUGCCAUCAAGUCACUUACCAUCCUUUUCUUUCACAUCUUCUUUUUUCCUUUUUGCAUUUAACUUUUUCUGCUUCUUUUUUUGCCUGUAGGAAAACAAAAUGCACAAAUAUCUGUGGCUGGUGAUGCACUUAAGCUUAUCGAGCACAGCUUGUCUCAGCAGCCCCAUUGAUUAAACAUAGUUACAUUUUAAUGCUGGUCUAAGUUUCUAAAAAAUUUUUUUUUUCUAUAGCAUUGAAUGCAUAUCCAUCAGGAAAUGUUGUUAAGAUAGAAUAAAAUACAAGUGACUGAGGGGCUGUUGUGCCUACUAACAGUAAGAUACAAAUUGUCAUACUUGCUACUGUUUUGUUGAUCAAGAUUAAAAUGUGCACAUUCAUAUUUG